AAGGUGUUCUCAGGUAAGCAGUCAUCAUGGCACAGAAUGUAAUAGUCCAGCAGCAAGCUCUUCAAAUGAUCCAAUCCAAGCAAUGGAACACAGGCAUCUUUGAAUGCUUUGAUGACAUGAACAGCUGUUGUUACUCCUUCUGGUGCUUCCCCUGCUUCCAGUGCACCACAGCUAAGAAGGCUGGAGAUAAUACCUGUGUACCCUUAUUUGAGUGGGUGAGCGCAGGCAUCAUGGCACUGGCAGGCAUACCUUUGUGUAUUCCUCCCAUCUCCUUGGCCAUGCGAGUUGCUGUACGCAACAAAUAUGGAAUAGAGGGUAGUAUCUGCCAAGACUGCCCUGUUGCCACCUUCUGUGCAUGCUGCUCUUGGACUCAGAUUUCCAGGGAGCUAGACCUCCGCUCUCAACCACUUCUCUUUGUCAAUACCCAACCCCAAGUCAUCACAAUCCAGGGUGGAGUCAUGGCUGCUCAGCCUGUAGUUGUAGCUCCCCAGCCUGGACUCAUAACCCCUCAACCUGGAGUCAUGGUAUCCCAACCUGAAGUUAUUUCUGUACAGCCAGGAAUCAUUACACCACCAUCAUACACGACUCAUGAGCCCAUUAACAUGAACAUGCCACCUCAGUUUAAGUGAACGCUCGUCCCAGACAUGUCUCAAACUUGCCCGGCUUGUUGAAGAUGAUGGCUGUAAAGGUUAGAGAAGUGGUUGGAUAAGGUGUAAGCAUGAGUUGCUCAGGUGACAGCUAUCUGUUCC